CUGUGGUACCUGGUAGCCUGCAGCCACCAGCAAUCUACUAAGCGUAGCAUUAGUUUAUUAUUAUUUUAAUGGUAAAUUUGCACUACAGUAAUAAUGCCGAUUCAAUAGAUCAAACUACAAGUGGUUUUUCUGUGUAGUCCAUCGCCGCUCCGGAACCCUAACAUGCACCGUUAUUUGCUACUACUGCUGCUAACAGAGUAAGUAACAGGGGCGGGAUAUUGAUCCGAGUUGAAUUAAGUGGUUUGCUGGCGUCUGAGUUUCGUUUGAAGUUAGGGAAUUUUUGAGAACAUAAUCUGUCUCCUGAAUCAUCAGUAUGAAAGAAGGAAAAUCGACUAAAUUCAAUAUUCACCACCAGCUGCAACAGCAGAACGGUCACAUCUCUCCUUUUAAGUUUGCCAAGUUGUUAGAUCCUGAAGCUUCCUGGGACAAGGACCAAUUGGGAGAUGUCUUGCAUUGGAUUCGACAGGUGGUCGCUCUUGUGUGCGGGUUACUGUGGGGAGCUGUUCCUUUCGUAGGGGCCAUAUGGAUUGUUGUAUUCCUCGUGCUAUCUUCUGGGAUUAUUUAUGGGUACUAUUCAUUAAUACUAAAGGUUGACGAAGAAGAUUUUGGAGGCCAUGGAACACUGCUUCAAGAGGGGCUUUUUGCUUCUUUAACUCUUUUUCUGCUUGUGUGGAUUCUUGUAUACAGCUUGGCACAUUUCUGAUCAGCUGGUUCAUGCUGACUCAACAACUAUUUUGGCCCAAGUGAUUUUUUCUUUUUUAUUCACUUUUAGAUUUUGUUCAUUAUUAUUGAACAGUUGGAUCAAAUCCUCAACUCUAUUGACGUCUUUUGUUGUUUCAAUACAUGUUACGCUAGGCCCACAAAACAAUGGAAAUUUUGUUGGUUUCAUCUAACUAGAGUUGUCUUGAUUGUGCAUUAGGCAGAUACGGGGAUCAUGAACAUAGAUGCUUCAACUAAUACAGGUGAGAGGAAUGUACCACAAUAUCCUUUUACCAAAAAGGGAAUUUAGUUGAGUGUUUGCGGAGAAUGAAUUAUCUAAUUUUUCUCUUAGAUGUUGCCUGUAUCUUGUCAUCAUACUUGCCAAAUAUUUGCUAUUGAAUAAUCGCAUUGAAAUGUC